CGACUGUGGGCUAAGUGCUAUUUAAAAAUGAAAUUUAAUUUCUUACCUGCUCUUUUUGUAUUCGGUGUCAAAUGUGCAACGUUGGAAACUACAAAGGAGCCCUCGAACGACGCAAAUCAGACAACAUCUUAUAAAAUAUCUUUAAGUGAAUACCAAGCGACUCCAGUUUCGUUGGAUAAGAAACGAGACAUGAAAUCGUUAUGGGUGUAUCACCCACCAUCGUUGCAGUCUCAAGGGGAAGACCAAGGGGUCCAAAACGCGAUGUUCAAGGCUCCGCAUUUGCUCACGAGACUCGCAAAGCCUUUCAAUUUUGGCAUAGAUCCAUACUUCAGCAAGGACUAUUUCGCACCAUUUGAAAGAAGAAAUAGGCCUAUAACUCUAGUGGCUUUUAGAAAAAAUGCUUUGAUGCCUCGCAGAAGUGUUCGUCAAAGCGAGUCAGCAGAAGUUGCGGAGUUACAGUCACCAUUCAAUGAAGUCGGCGCUUUGUGGCGGGAAGACCCAGAUAUAUUUAAUUUAUAAGUUAUAAUUGCUAUUAAGAUAGAUUUUGGAUAAUUAAUUUUAAAAAAACUUUCAGCCCAAAUAAGGAGUAAAAUCUUGAGUCCAUUUAUAAUUCUUAUUGUACGUUCGCUUAAUUUGUGAAGAUUAAAAUUUCAGAUAAUCUGUAGGAUGUUAGAUUUAAUGUUAUAUCUUAAAUAAAAGCAAUGUUUUUUAUCUUUAAUUCCUUUCAAAUUUAAGAUCUGACACUGUCUAAGGUUUGUCAAGAAAUUUCACACUAUUUUAAACAAAGAGUAUACUGAUAUAGGAAGAUUUUUCAGUAAAUGAAACAAUGAAUAUUUAACGUAAAGUAUGCAAAAUAUUUUAUGUAAAUUAAAGAUGUUAUUGGAACUGUAAAAUUAUGAGGAGCGGGUGGUGAGGUGACGAGUGAGCCACCUGCGUACACACGUGGUCCACCAAAACACAUGUUAAGGCGUCCGAAAACACGACAAUUUUAGAUAUUUUUUUUGUUGUAGUGCCGAUAUCAGCUAACUGGUGUUUGUUUUAAAAUUAAAAAAUCCGUACACUUAGUCACCUUUUCACCUAUUUGAUAUCAGAUUCUAGCCUGUACUGAAUGUUUACCGGUAUAAGGCGUUACAUAAAGUCCAUCACCGGCUCUUAACGGUAAUCUAAUGUUACAAUGUUAUGGUAAUUAAACGAUAAUAAUAUCAUUAUUGUGACUGACCUUGUGUUUACCUGUUAAUAUCGAUUGAAUGGUCUAGCUAUUUCAUGAAAUUGUUGUGUAAAUUUUACUAUCCAGCUACGAUAUAUAAAGUUAUCUUGUCUGCGGUCAUUCUCAUCAAGCAGAUUAAUGAUAUAUUAUAUUAUUUAGCACAGUUUCUGUACGGCAGUAUCAACAAAUUCGGUCGCGAAACUCCCUGCGUUGGGUAUAUACAUUAUUUGUGGGUGGAUUGUAUAGAUAAAGAUGUAGGCGUAGAAAUAAUGUUGUUGAAAGAAAUGAGUUGCACGAUGCUUGAUAGAAAGGAAUUCAUUCAGGUAUGGAAAUUAAGAAGUUGAUAUACUACUACUACGACUAAUCUGACACCGAAGAGUGUUGAUAAAUUUAUAAUGGUGAACGAAUGAAUGAUGAAUUCACGUUCAGAUUUUUAGUAGUAGUUGUAGAGUACGUUUAGAUUUUAUGCUGAGAUAUGGAUCAUUUCCGUGACUUUAUUUUUAACCCAUGAAUUUGUUGUCCUAGCGGAACUUGGACUUACCUAUAACGCAAUAGCAAUUUGAUUUUUAAAUAUUCGUCAAUAAAUUUUAAAAACGUAGCCCUGAUGCUGUAUAUCACAGAAAUGUAUGUAACACACG